AUGGCCAGCCAAACUCCCGCCGACGCUCCGGUCGCUGCUGAUUCUGUGACUCUUCCUGAUCGCAGCCAGAACCCCGCUGAUAAGGCCGCUCCUGAGGGAGAGGUCUCCAAGAAUGCCGCCAAGAAGGCAGCAAAGCUCGCGAAGCAAGCUGCUGAUAAAGCCGAAAAGGCUGCGAACAAGGGCAUUGGAAAGUCGGAGGCUAAGAAGCCCACAUCGAAGGCUCCUAAGAAGAAGAUCGAGGGUGCUGCCCUGAUUGGUAUCGACGUCUCCAAGGAGGAGGACUUCCCCGGAUGGUAUCAGCAGGUUCUUACAAAGGGUGAUAUGCUGGACUACUAUGAUGUGUCGGGAUGCUUCAUUCUGAAGCCUGCUUCGUACUCGAUCUGGGAGGAGAUUCAACAAUGGUUCAACGCAGAGAUCAAGAAGAUCGGUGUCAAGAACUGCUCAUUCCCUCUCUUCGUCUCCGAGGAUGUGCUUCAGAGGGAAAAGGAUCACAUUGAAGGUUUCGCUGCUGAGGUUGCCUGGGUGACUCAUGCUGGCUCUACUCCUCUUGAGAAGAAGAUCGCCAUUCGCCCUACAUCGGAAACUGUUAUGUACCCUUACUACGCCAAGUGGAUCAGAAGCCAUCGUGAUCUCCCCCUUAAGCUCAACCAAUGGAACUCGGUCGUCAGAUGGGAAUUCAAGCAUCCCCAGCCUUUCCUCAGAACCAGAGAGUUCUUGUGGCAGGAGGGUCACACCGCUCAUUUGACUGAGGGAGCAGCCCGUGAAGAGGUUUUGCACAUUCUGGACCUCUAUGCGCGGAUCUAUGAGGAACUCCUCGCUGUUCCCGUUGUGAAGGGUCAGAAGACGGAGAAGGAGAAGUUUGCUGGUGGUCUGUAUACUACCACUGUUGAGGGUUAUAUUCCUGCCACUGGGCGUGGUAUUCAGGGUGGAACAUCGCACGGUCUCGGCCAGAACUUCAGCAAGAUGUUCGGCAUUACCGUCGAGGACCCCUCUGCCAAGCCUGAGGAGAAGAAGCCUCCUCUUCACGUCUGGCAGAACUCCUGGGGUCUGUCCACCCGUACCUUGGGUGUCAUGGUCAUGAUCCACAGUGACAACCGCGGUCUGGUUCUCCCCCCUCGCGUUGCUGAGACUCAGACGAUCAUUGUCCCCGUCGGUAUCACGGCCAAGACCACUGAGGAGGACCGCGAGAAGCUUUAUGCUGAGAUUGACGGCCUUGUCUCUGUCCUCAAGGCUGCUGGCGUCCGCGCUGAUAGUGACAAGAGAGACGGAUACUCCCCCGGCUGGAAGUUCAAUGACUGGGAACUCCGUGGUGUGCCCCUGCGCAUUGAAUUCGGUCCCGGUGAAUCCGCUGGCCAGUUUGUGACGGCUGCCCGUCGUGAUAUUCCUGGUAAGGACGGCAAGUCGACCAUUCCCAUCGCCGAGCUGUCCACUGCGGUCCCCGCUCUGCUGGACACCAUCCACAAGGAUCUGUACAAGCGCGCGGAUGAUGAGUUCCGUUCUCACCGCAAGCUCAUCACCAACUGGGACGACUUCGUCCCUGCUCUCAAUGACAAGAACAUCUGUGUCAUUCCUCACUGUCUCACGGAGGAGUGUGAGGACCAGAUCAAGGACCUGAGCGCCCGCAAGGCCGAGGAGGACUCUGGUGUGCCCCAGGAUGCUAGAGCCCCCAGCAUGGGUGCCAAGUCCCUCUGCAUUCCCUUCGAUCAGCCCGAGGGCAUCGUCCCUGGCCAGACCAAGUGCGCCAACCCCAAGUGCAGCCGUAUGGCUGAGAAGUGGUGCAUGUUCGGACCUUCUAGCUACAUGGGCGAGGUGAUACAUGGGGAGUGA